AUGACUUCCACAGUUUAUACUCGAGCUCGACGUCGACAACAUCAAGCUCAACUACAACGAGCUCAACGUCGACGAGUUCAACUUCGACAACAUCAAGCUCAACAUCAACUAGUUCGACAACAUCAAGCUCAACAUCAACAAGCUCAACGUCGACAACAUCAAGCUCAACAUCAACUAGUUCGACAACAUCAAGCUCAACAUCAACUAGUUCGACAACAUCAAGCUCGACAUCAACUAGUUCGACAUCAACUACAACGAGCUCAACGUCGACAACAUCAAGCUCAACAUCAACGAGUUCAACUUCGACAACAUCAAGCUCAACAUCAACUAGUUCGACAUCAACGACCUCGAUACCAGCAAAUGCACCACUUUCUAGUACGUAACAAACGAAAUAAUAAUCGUUUUCUAUACGCUGCACAAUAA